AUGUAUGGCUUGAAGAGCGGUAGUGGAUGGGACAGUAGCGGGAAUGGAAGCUGCGAUGGUGUGGAGGAGUACGAUGUAGUGGCGUUGCAGGAAAUUUGGUGCGACGAGGAUUGGAGCUAUAUUGUGCAGAAGUGCAAGAAUAGAUACCCAUACUAUCGGCGGUUCAAGUCUGGGAUGAUAACGGGUCCCGGAUUAGCCAUAUUGUCUAAGAUCCCUAUAGAGUCCACUUUUUUAUACAGAUUUCCAAUAAACGGGCGUCCCAGUGCGUUUUGGAGAGGGGACUGGUAUGUUGGCAAAUCGAUCAGCAUAACGCUUUUGGAGCGCACAGCUCCACAGUAUGCUCCGAUUGCAAUUUUAAACAGUCACAUGCAUGCUCCGUAUGCGCUUAACGGUGACGCUGCAUACGAGUGCCACAGAGCCUGCCAAGCAUGGGAUUUCAGCAAGUUGGUGAACUUGUACAAGAAGGCAGGGUACUCUGUUGUUGUUGUUGGGGACUUGAACUCGAGGCCUGGAUCAUUACCGCACCAACUCCUCACAUUGGAAGCCGGCCAAGUGGAUUCUUGGGAGCAAAAAUUCGGAGCGCAGCCUCUUGUCCAUAUUGCGUCGUUGUCUCCGGUAGACCAGAUUAAACAUGCAGGCACAACAUGUGACUCUACUUUGAACACAUGGAGAGCUCAUCGUGGUGCCGACGAGGCAUGUCGGUUGGACUACGCCCUCAUAGAUUCGACCACACUCUGCACGAUAGAUGCCAAGGUUACUUUCACAGAAGUGAUUCCUAAUAUCGGCAGUUUUAGCGAUCAUUUCGGUUACGCAUGCGUCCUACAGCUGAAAGAACGGAGCGAAUAUUCAGAGAAUUCAUUAUCUUUACAGCCAAACACCUCCUACAUGACUACAGAUCAAAUCCAAUCAAGACUAGAAGUGUACGACGGUCUACUAAAAUGCAUCGACGACUACAUGAUCACGGCGCAGUGGCAGAAACUUUGGAGAGGAUCUCAUUUCUGGGCCUCUGUCGUGCUAGUCGUCCUCUCGAUGGUGGUUACUACUUUUACGUCAAACAUUGCUGGUUGGUCAUCGAUCCUUUGGAUCCUAUUUGCUGUUAUUGUCACCGCAUCUGGUGUGAUCGACGGACUCAUUUCGUUGUUGUUCGGGAACAAAGAGAUACGGGUGCUACAAGAAGUCUACGAGGAGGUUACAGACGCCAAGCGUUUCCUAUUGCAUAGAAUAGAAAAUCAACAGUAG